CUUGUUGCUUAAUUCCGCCUUGCAGCCAUUCUCUUCAGAAGGCGAACCGAAGAACUUUAAUGCCCCGUUUUGCCUGUUUCGGUUCAUUCUCUGUACCCUUUCCUCCCCCUCGUUUGUUUGUCUUGUUUCUUUGCUUUAUUUUCGCUCUCACGGACAUGUCGGUCGGCCGUGGCGGAGCUUCGCCUCGCACCACCAGGAAAUGGGGGGCGGACUGAGGGAGGCAGAUCUGCUUUAGGCGUGUGCUACAAGUUUCACUGGAGUGGGGGGGCAACCACGGACACUUUUCAAAAGAUUUAUUUAAAAGUACCCAGGUACUGCAGUUUGAACGGCUUCACACUUUUUUUUGAGCCACAGACGGCGCCCUAAUUGCUUGUCAAAGUUACUGGAUUAAGAAGAAAAACAAAAAACCGGCGGCUGCACGUCGACAUAGCGGAAGAGCAGUUUUAUUUCAAGCGGUGCGUUUUAUACGAAGACUUAAAGUGAGGAUGACUGACGAAGCCCAGCCACAAGUUGAACUUUUCGUCAAGGCGGGCUGCGAUGGCCAGAGCAUCGGCAACUGCCCUUUUUCGCAGCGGCUCUUCAUGGUGCUGUGGCUGAAGGGCGUCACCUUCAACGUCACCACGGUGGACAUGAAGAGAAAACCAGACAUUUUGAAGGAUCUGGCCCCUGGUGCUCAGCCUCCCUUCUUGCUGCAUGGCAGCGAGGUGAAGACGGACACAAAUAAGAUAGAGGAGUUCCUGGAGGAGAAUCUCUGCCCCCCUAAAUACCCCCGACUGGCCGCUCGGAAUCCAGAAUCCAACACGGCCGGCAUGGACGUCUUCUCCAAGUUCUCAGCCUACAUCAAGAACUCCAACCCACAAAUGAAUGACAAUUUGGAGAAGGGGCUAUUGAAGGCUCUGAAGAAGCUGGAUGACUACCUCAGCUGCCCUCUGCCUGAUGAGGUUGAUGAGAACAGUGCGGAGGAGACCUCCACCUCCAACCGGCCGUUUCUCGAUGGGCAGGAGCUCACGCUGGCUGAUUGUAACCUGCUGCCCAAGCUGCACAUUGUCAAGGUGGUGUGUCUGAAGUACCGGGGAUUCUCCAUCCCUCGUUCUCUCACUGCCCUCUGGAGGUACCUGGAUGCUGCAUACGCUAGGGAGGAGUUCUCUUCCACCUGUCCCAGCGACAGCGAGAUCCAUUCCGCAUAUAUCUCAGUGGCUAAAGCACUCAAAUAGGUUCUGCACCAGCAUGUGUACACAACAGAAACACACACGUGCAAACACAAGUACCACAUAAAAAAAUGAAGUAGAGAAUCAUAAGGGUAUGAUAAAUAGUUUUGUGAUUUGCUAUCGCUCCACAUCUAUUUAUUCCAUGAUUUCAAACUGGGUCACGCACAAACGCGCACACACGCUGAGCAGACCCCUAUGCUUUUGGCAUCUGACGCAAGCUUUUUGCUGUAAACCUGUCUUUGCUGAUCCACAUUCUAGGUGUCUAGUAUACACGGUCUUGUCUUUCAUGGGGCCUGACCUGCCUUGGACAGGGCAGGGGGCUGGGGGGGGAGCAUGUGGUCAGGAUGCAUUUCAGACAUGCAGCCAAUGGAUUGAAUUUAUAUAAAAGAAACAUUUCUUAAUGGCCACAAAAUGAUGUAAUGGGUUAGUAGGGCGUGGUGUAGGUGCUUUAAAUGGACCUGCUUACUCACAGGCUCUUAGUAGCUUCACUUCAUUAAGCUUCACUUGCCAUGGCUGUAUUACAGUAUCUGCUGCACAUAAGUGCCCAUGUUUACUUUGUUCCUUUUGGGUCCAAGAAAAGGUGAUUUGGUACUUCUGGUCACAGCAGAUUUCUAAUGGUUAAUCCUCUGCUGCACUCCGACACUGUGAGGUACCUGCAACAGAGCACAACUAGAGUUUGACAAAAAUCUCAUGUGAUGCAUCAUGGCACAGUCCUGAAUUAGUAGGUGGGGUUUUUUCUUUUUAAGCACUGAUGUAAGUUUCACUUCCUGGUGAAGUUGCUGAGUGAUUCAGCUUCGCUGUUAAGAUGAAGUCAUUAUGAAAAUUUGGCUUUUUUCCUUCUCCCCCACUAGUGCAGAAAGACACUGUCCCUUUAUGAGGAACUAGUGCGUUAUCCCCCCCGAACUGUUAACCAAAAGCACAGGUAGGAUAUCCUAUACAUUUUUGUGCAGUAAUGGGUCAUCCAAACUACUUCUUGUUAAUUUGUGGUCUGACAUGAGGUAUUUGUCACUCUAAUUUCUCAGAUAUUGCUGCGAUAUUUGUAGUGUUUUUUUCACUUUGGAAGUAACUUGAUGGUGGAGAUGUUGUGAUGUAUAUUUAGCUUAUAAUAAUACUCUGUCGUUUUUGGGCCAGUGUAGAUGCAGGUUUCUGGGGUAACUUUUAGCUCAGCUGUUCAAACCCAGGUGUGAAGACUCCUCAGCCAGUCAGUCCUUUAAUUAGUAAUCUAAUUAGGGAGCUACAGCGAAAGCCUGCAUACACAACAGCCUUUUCUGGAUAAGAUUGGCCACUGCUGAUUUUAAGCUUAAUUUCCCUUCUCUUCCCCCACAAAAAAAACUUGAAAUGGUGGAGCUAUAAAUAAGUCACCAGCAGGGGGAGCCAAAGACAUGCACUUCAAAAAUGUAACGCUGCAGUGGAAGAAUGCUGAGCAGAUCCCUCUUAAUCGGUAAUGAUUAUGAUGUGGAAAGAGUGUUUAAAUAUGGCCGGCACACACCAAGUAAAGUGACCGUUCACGGCUGCAUGUGGGAAGCUUGUUCUUGACCUCAUGGAGUCGCACUUCUCACUGAUGCGGAAAAUCAACAGCCAAAUAAGUGUUGAUCUAGAAAAGUGUUUGUAAACUAUAUCCAAGAAGCCUUAUUUUAUCAUUUAUAGAUUACUAGGGGCGAAACUCCUCAUUGUCUGCUCAGCAGCUAGUCUGCUUCUACAUGUUUAGUAUUUCAUUUAGGCAAUUCUGCCUCCUCGAUGUAAAAUGGUUUAGCUACUAAGGGAGAAUUUCCAAGUAUAAAAUGUCAAUGUUCCUUUUCCAGGUUUAGCUGUUUUUGAGCAGGAACAACUUCAGGACUUUUUUCGCCCUUUAUUGCACGUACAUUUUUAUUCCAUUUUCACAUUCUGGUUCCUUUAUCCAUCCUCUUUUAACCUUUUUUUUUUUACCCCCCAAAAAAAAAAAACCAUUCCAGACCCCAAUGCUUUCAGAUGGUUUGUUCGUAAUUAGUAACUUUUCAGAGACAUUAAAAAAAAUUGUAAGGGUCAGUACAUUUUAGGAAUUUAUCUGCCAGGCUGAUUUAUGUACCUGCAGACAAUUCAGACAGUGUCAAUCUGCUUGAAUAUAAUUGACAUUUUCCUGCAUCAUUUCCUUCACCAUGACCCACGUUUCCUUUUCUACUACUAAUGUAUUUUUGCACCCAGGGAUCAUUUCUUGCGCUCGCUAUCCACCUUAUUUGCAUAUUACCUUUAAAAUAGCUUUGCAGUCAAUGACGAUUGAUUUGUAAUUUGAUUCAGUGUCAUUUGCAAUGUGUGACUUUGUUUAACCCUGACUAAAGUUUCUUUAACUCAAUAAAACACAAAACUGA